UACAGUUUAAGUAAUACACCAUGCAUUGCAUAGCUGUAAUCAAUAAUACAAUUGUAGUUUCUAAAGGAAGUUUCAUUGACUGUUACAUUAACGAUAAACAUAAUGUUAUAAAUUUACAAAACUCAACCGGUGCUGAAGAAUAUGUGUGUGAUAUCACUAUUUCCAACGAUUCUAAAUAUAUAGCUAUAUUAACUUCGGCAAAGAACCUGAUUGUGUACGAAUUACCUGGCCUUAAAUUGUAUAAGUCAUUUGUCCUGCCUAGAAGUGCUAGCAAAAUAAGAUUCGGUGCAGAAAAUACUCACUUAUUUGUGGCAGAUAAGACUGGCGAUGUCUUAUUUUAUGAUAUAAUAAGUGAUGAAGGUGGAACGAAACUGCUGGGUCAUCUAAGUCUUCUCCUCAAUGUUUUACAAAGCAAAGAUGGUAACUAUCUAAUAUCAUCAGACAGAGAUGAAAAAAUUCGAGUUUCCAGCUAUCCGAACACAUAUAAUAUACAGACAUAUUGUCUUGGACAUAAAGAAUUUGUUAAUCACAUAGAAUUCUUACCACAUGAUGAUAAAUAUUUAAUUAGCGCUUCAGGUGAUGGGAGCAUAAAAUGUUGGGAUUUCAUAAAAGGGCAUCUCUCUUGUACUAUUGAAACAAAACUGGAUAUAAGUGACCAAACACUCCAAAUGGAAUUUAAGAAAACCAUGGAUGAAAAUGGCAUUGAAGUAGAUAGCCUUCCAAUUGUACACUUAUCUGCAACUAAGUUAAAUGAAUCCACAAGUUUAAUAGCUGUUACAGUUCAUUCAUUAAAUAGUAUACUUAUUUAUAGUAUAGAAACAACAGAAUGUAAAGUGAAUUAUAAAUUAGUUGAUAAGAUUGUUCUCAAUUAUUUUCCGGCCUGUAUACGAUUUUACAAUAUGACCCUUUUCGUUUUCGACAGUAGCACAAGCAGUUUAGCUGAAUUUGAAGUUCUAUAUGAAAAUGACAAAGUGACUAUUAAUAUGUUAAAAACAAUUACAAUGUUUGAUGAAAAGGAAACUGCAACAGUGAUCAAAAAUGACUUUGAAUAUAUAAAAGUACUUUUUAAGAGAAAGUUUGAUAAUGUACAAGAAUAUCAAGAAAGGAAAAAGAAUAGAAUUGAAAAAUCAUCAUGAAUCAUGAUCUAAUCGUAGAGAAAAUGGAAUGGAAUGGAAUGGAAUUUUAUUUUACGCAAAACUUAAUUUGAAUUAUUACCACAUAAUCCAUACUAAUAUUAUAAAUGCGAAAGUAACUCUGUCUAUCUGUCUGUCUGUUACUCAA